AAAAUAUCUCAUGCAGUGAUAAACGUGCAAUUAUUUCGUGAACAGAAAAUGAAAGAUGUAUAAAUAACUUAUUUUUAAAUAUAUUUGUUGCCACGCGUAAACGUUUUAAGCAAAACCAUUGAUUAUGUCUUCAGGGACCACUGCAGAAAAAACUAGAAGGAAAGUUAUGCUUAUUAUUAUUAUAUAUGUUGUGCUCAAUCUGGCCUAAAAGAAUUCCAACCAAAUUUGUUUCAGAUAUAAAUCUCCAUACUAAUAUAAUAAAAUUUGUGGCUACUUUACAAACCAAUGGUCUUCACGUAUCGUUCGUUUGGAUGAAGAGAUUGAAGGGUCAUAUAGUCAUAUUGGUAUACAUGGAAAUGAAAACGCUUUAGCACGGGCAACCAUCCGGACCGAAGUUGAGGAAACUCGAUUCCUGGAAACAAGCCAUCUUCAAUGUUUUUGAAAAACACUUCAGUCCUAAUGGUAUCAGUAAUUGCAACAAAACACCGGAAGUCUUCAAGAUCCGUUAAAGGUCUUUCAAAUAUAAAACAAACAUCAAGGGCCCUCAAGAGUUUUUAAUGUUGUUCUAAAAUCAGAAGUUUCCAAGAAGCUUUCAACUUCUAAAAAGAAAAUCAACGGUUCCAAAAGUCUUUUAAAUUUUUAGUAGGCUAAGGCAAAAUGGCACAGAUGGAGUGGAAUUCGUAGCCAUGCCUUUGAUCACUCAAGCUACCCAGGCGUGAUUCUCCUCACUUACCAAGGUUAUAUUGUGUAACCACAAAUUUCUUAAAAAUAAGAGAAACUAGACACCCCCAAGAUUCUUUCAAAUUAUUUCCAAAAUAAAACACCAGGAGGUCUAAGUUUCUUUUAAAUUUUUAAAACAAACAUCACUAGAGACCUUCGAGAUCCUUUCGAAUUCUUUCAAAAACAAAACACCAGCGACUCCAAGAUUCUUUUAAAUUAUUAUUAAAACAAAAGACUCCAAAGACACCCACGAUUUUUUUUAAGUUCAUAUAAAAGAACAGUAGGGCCCCCAAGAGUCAUUUUUUUUUUCAAAAUGAAGAUAGCAGGAACCUUGAAAAAGUGUUCAAAAACAAAACAUCAAAGAUCUCCAAUGGUAUUUUAUAAUCUCUCUCAAAAAUAGAACACCAGAACCCCCCAAUACUCUUUAAAAUUCUCCUUGGAACAAAACACCAGGAUCUCCAAGAUUCUUUUAAAUUCUUAAAACAAACUACACUAGAGAUACUUAAGAUUCUUUCGAAUUCUUUCAAAAAUAAAACACCAAGGUCCCCAAGAUUCUCUCAAAUAAAACACCACGAGCCCCAACAUUAUUUUAAAUUCUUAAAAAAAAGACACCAGGAGCCACAAGAUUCUCUAAAUGAAGGCAGCAGAAUUCUUGAAGAUUCUUUCCAUUUUUUUUUUUCAAAAUGAAGACAUACGUGAAAUUCUUUCACAAAAAACCGAAGAUCCGAGGGUAUUAUCUGUUUCAAAAAUAUAACAACAGAGGCCUCCAAGAUUCUUUCAAAUUUGCUAUUGAACAAAACAGUUCUAACGUUCUUAAAUUUUUAAAACAAAAGAUACUAGAGACUCUCAAGUUUCUUUUAAAUUUUUAAAACAAAAUACACCAGAGGUCUCCAAAAUUCUUCCGAAUUCGUUGAAAAACAAAACACCUGGAGAUAGCAGGAUCCUUGAAAAUAUGUUCAAAAUCAAAACAUCAACAAUAGAACACCAGGACCCCUAAGUUUCUUUAAAUUUCUUUCAAAAUGAAAACAGCAGGAUCCCUGAAGAUUCUUUCAGAAACAAAACAUCAAAAACCCCUAUGAUAUUUUAGUCUCCCAAAAAUAGAACACCAGAACCCCCAAGAUUGUUUCAAAUUCUUCCUUGAACAAAACACCAGUAGCUUCAAGAUUAUUUUAAAUUCUUAAAAUAAAAUACAUUAGAGAUACUCAAGGUUCUCGAAUUUUUUUCAAAAUGAAGACAGCAGGAUCUCUGAAGAAUCUUUUAAUUUUUUUUUUCAAAAUGGAGACAUACCUGAAAAUUCUUUCCAGACCCCAGAGUAUUUUAAUCUUCCUCAAAAGUAUAACACUAGAGACCACCCAAGAUUCUUUCAAAUUUGCUAUUAAACCAAAACACCGGGGGCUCUAAAGUUCUUAAAUUCUUCAAACAAAUGAUAGUAGAAGUAGACACCCUCAAGAUUCUUUUGAAUUCUGUCAAAAACAAAACACCUGGGUCCCCAAGAUUAUUCCAAAUUCUCCCUUAAACAAAACACCAGAAGCUCCAAGAUUCUUUUAAAUUCUUAAAACAAAAUGCACUAGACAUACUCAAGAUUCUUUCGAAUUCUUUCAAAAACAAAACAAGUUUGCUAUUAAACAAAUCAUCGGGAGCUCUAAGGUUCUUAAAUUCUUAAAACAAAAGAUACUAGAGACCCUCAAGAUUCUUUUGAAUUCUUGGGUCCCCAAGAUUCUUCCAAGUUCGCUCUUAAACAAAGCACCAGGACCUCCAAAAUUGUUUUAAAUUCCUAAAACAAAUAGGAACUCCAAACUUCUUAAAAUUUGUUUAAAAUGGAGACAGCAAAAUCCAUGAAGAUUCAUUGGUUCAAAAACAAAAGACCAAUGGUAUUUCAAUCUUUCGCAAAACUAGAACACCAAAGGCACCCAAAAUUCUUUUUUUUUCAAAAUAAAGACAGCACGAUCUCUGAAGAUUAUUUUGAAAACAAAGCACUAAAGAGCCCCAGGAGUAUUUUAAACCCUCUCAAAAUAGAACACCAGGGAUCCCAAGAUUCUUUCAAAUCCUUCCAAAAACAAAACACUAGGGUCUCCUAAAUUUUUCUAAUUCUAUUUAAAACACUAGGUACCCCAAGAUUCCUUUUUUUAUGAAGACAGUAAGAUCCCCGCAUAUUCAUUCAAAAACAAAACAGCAAAAACCCUUAAUGAUGUUUUAAUCUUUCUCAAAAAUAAAACACCACGAAGGCCCAUGUUUGUUUAAAUUUUUUCAAAUUUGCUCUUGAAUAAAACACCAAGAUCCUCCAAGAUUCUUUCAAAUUUGUUCAAAAACAAGAUACCAAAGGCUCCAAGAUUCUUUUAAAUUCUUAAACGAAAGUCACUAGGAGCAUCAAGAUGUUUAAAUUUUUUUUAGUAAUGAAAAUAGCAGAAACCACCAUGAUUUUUUAAAAUGUUUUUCAAAAAUGAAACAUCAAGGACCGCAUAAUUUUUCCAUAUUCUUUCAAAAACAAAAUACCAGGGAUCGCGCGAUCCUUCCACUUAAAUGGGUUUAUUACUACAUUUAUUACAAAAUAUUUUACUUAUUCUGUUAAUUCACAAUAUUCGCUAUGGUAAGAAAGUCCUACGGUUGGGAAGUAAGAAAGAAUUUUCAAAUGAAAUUUAUAGAGUUGCCCUAUGUAACAUGAGUCUAAGUCCCUAGACAUGGUCAGAUGUCUUUAAAUGGUCUCAAACUUGAAAAAUGAGAUAUUUUGCGUCAGUUUUUAUAUUAGAAAAUUGUUUAAAUUUUGACGUAAAAAAAAUUACACCAUAUUUCCGUAUAUAUUAUCUGUAGAUUUACGCUGUCGCUAUAACACAUUGUGAAAGUGAGGGAAAAUGUCAUAGCGUGAGUGGGAUUCGAACCCACGUCCUCCUCCUACCAGGCGGGUAUAUGCUGACCGCUGUACUAUCAGACACCGUGAUUGUAUGACGCCACAGUAUCAACACCACGAAAGUGUACAAAAUCCUGGUUAAGAAUAACUUUUUUCGUUAAAUUUAGACUUUUCAACUUUACUGUGCUUAAAUUGUGUCAGAUUCCGAAAAGGAAAUGACGUACCUCAUUUUGCACGAACUAAAAGAUUUAGUAGAUAGCGUUCUAAAAAAAAUCUCAUUGUAAAAUAGAAUUGAUAUAACAACAAACAAAAAUACGCCUUGACAUUGACCAGGUUCAAGGACACAGGAAGUACAUAGGUACUUUCUAAACACUUUAAACCAAUUUUUCUUAGAUAAGUUUAAUAACCACAAUAGUUUUUCUAGUAAACCGGAAUUUAGUAAUCAGCUUUAAGUUUAGAGUUUCAAAUAUAUAGUUAUACAUUAAUUUGUAUUAUACUAAUAUGGAAACACUUUCAGACUGAAUUAAUACAAAAUAAACUUUACAAAUGUUUCUAUAUACACAACUUUCUUUGGUUUUAUCUAAAAAAAAGAGCACGUGUUGAGACACAUUAACAUUGUGUUUAGAAUAAUGAACUUACUUACGUUUGUUAAGUAACCACAUUUGAUCUUGUACCAAUAUGAUUUUUUAUGACAAUGCGUUUUCGUAAAUUUAUUCUGGCAGAUAACAUAAUUAAAGACUAAUUGCCGACGCUAUCACCAACUCAAACCUAACACAGACGUGUUUAAUGUCAAAACGCUUUGACCACAGGCGGCAAACAUAAAAAUGAAGCAAAAUUCAAGUAACUCGUUUCUGUAUUUGUCGGCAACAAUUGCAAAUUUAUUGGCAUUUACGUGUGGCGUCGCAUAUGGUUGGAGUUCCCCAGCCAUACCAAAACUGAAUGGUAGCACAGACCCAAACGACCUUCAUUUAGGCAGUCCCAUCACUCCUUCAGAUGAAUCUUGGAUCGUCAGUUUGGUUUCGAUCGGCGCAAUUUUCGGGCCUAUCUUCGCCGGAAAAUUAGCCGAUAAGCUUGGAAGGAAAAAAACCUUGAUUAUUUUAGCAUGCCCCAUUCUUGUGGCAUUCCUCGUGAUGGCGUUUGCGAAAAGUGUUCUUGAAUUUUACGUUGCAAGAUUUUUGAUGGGUCUUGGUGUAGGAAGCGUCUUCAUGAUUCUCCCCAUGUACUUGAUAGAAAUUGCUGAAGACCACAAUCGUGGAAGAUUAGGUUGUCUAAUGGCUGUUUUCAUUAAUUUAGGGACGCUUUUUGCUUACUCAGCUGGCCCUUAUUUAACCGUCCAAAGCUUUUGUCUCGUUUGCACUGUUCCUUUAAUCAUUUUUCUUCCACUUUUUUUCAUAUGGAAUCCCGAGUCGCCACAGUAUUUAGCUGCUAGAAACAACCAAGAACAACUGAAAACAUGUUUGUCGAAACUGAGGAACAAGCCAGUGGGAGAGAUUGAAAAAAUCAUGUUCGGUAUGAGUCAGAUGAUUCAAGAACUUAAUCAAAACAACGGUGGAAUAAAAGAACUUUUUUCGACUAGAAGUUUGAGAAAGGGUUUAACAAUUACUGUUGGUUUAAUUUUGUUUCAACAGUUCUCUGGUAUUAAUGCUGUACUUUCAUACAUGCAAACCAUUUUUAGUGCAACACAAAGCGGUCUUCCUCCAGAAAUCUCUACAGUGAUUGUUGGUACGAUUCAAGUUCUUGUUACAAUUGUAACAUCUGCACUUGUCGAUCGAUUGGGAAGAAAAGUUCUUCUGUUAAUGUCUGUAAGUGGUUCGGCUGUUUCUUUAAUAGCUUUGGGAGUUUAUUUCUUCCUUUUUGAUAAUCAUUUUAACGUGGAUGCUCUUUCUUGGCUUCCUGUACUGAGUUUGAUUAUGUUCAUUAUUAGUUUUAACUCGGGUUUAGCAAGUGUUCCAUGGGCUGUGAUGGCAGAAGUAUUCCCUCCUAAUGUUAAAUCGCUGGCUUUAACGUUAACAACGGUUGUGUGUUUCAUUGGAGCUUCCAUUAUAACUCUCUAUUUUCCUAGUAUGGCUUUAUUUUUUGGAAUGGCUACGUCUUUCUGGAUUUUUGCAGCCGUCUGCAUCUGUGGUGGCAUAUUUGUUUUCUUUAGGCUAAUAGAAACUAAAGGAAAAAGUUUACAAGAAAUUCAGGAAUUGUUAGGAAAUAGUACGUAAUACUGGUUAUAUUGUAAAGUAAUUUUUCUUUUAAAUUAAGAAUUUAUGUAGUGAAAGCUACAAAAAGGCAAAUUUUGUAUUUAGCUGUUACUAAUUCAAGAAUAUUUAUUAGUUUCAUUGUUUCUUGCAUUUUCAGUUGGCCUCUAUAUAUUCUCAUACAGAAGUCAUAGGAAAAUGUACGAUGCAAGUUAAAUUAGAAGAAGAGUGGCUGUAUUUUCUAUUGGUGAAAAAUCCUGCAAUAAAAUUGACACAAUUUAUUCUGUUUCAUUCUAUCUAUGCUUUCAAGAUUUAAU